UUCCGGGUCCCAGGCUGAAUUGAUGGUGAGAGGAGUACGGCGCUCCUGGGGCCUGCCGGCGGGAGAGGUGGUACGACGAUUUUUUUUUACAGCGCCGUGGGCGCAGGACUCAGGGCCUUGCUGGAGAUGGACAGCCGGAUUCCUUAUGAUGACUACCCGGUGGUUUUCCUGCCUGCCUAUGAGAAUCCCCCAGCAUGGAUUCCUCCUCAUGAGAGGGUAUACCACCCAGACUACAACAAUGAGUUGACCCAGUUUCUGCCCCGUAUCAUCACACUGAAGAAGCCCCCUGGAGCUCAGUUGGGAUUUAACAUCCGAGGAGGAAAGGCCUCCCAGCUAGGCAUCUUCAUCUCCAAGGUGAUUCCGGACUCUGAUGCACAUCGAGCAGGACUUCAGGAAGGGGACCAAGUCCUAGCUGUGAAUGAUGUGGAUUUCCAAGAUAUUGAGCACAGCAAGGCUGUUGAGAUCCUGAAGACAGCUCGAGAAAUCAGCAUGCGUGUCCGCUUCUUUCCCUAUAAUUAUCACCGCCAGAAAGAGAGGACUGUGCACUAGAGAGUUGCAACCCACAGCCCUCCACAUGGAAUCUUCUAGGACGAGCUAGCUAGGCCUCAGGGAAGCCACUUGGGAAACUCUACUCUCAGCCCCACCCUGGCAGAGUGGAGUAGGGAGGAUGGGGAGACAGCGAGGCCCUGCCCUGAGCCAGCUGGCCAACUGCAUUAUCCCACCUGUACUGCACUUUGAGUUCCCUAGUUUUCUAGGUGGGCUUCAUUCCCUGGAAGGAGAAGGAUGAUGCUGUCUAGGUAUCGCUUAGCCUGUGGAGAACCCUGCUAGAGAAGGCAACUGACGUUUAUUGAAUACCAUGUGCGAGGCAGUUCCACAUAUGUCGUGUCAUUUUCAUUAACGUCUACAAAUCUUGGGGGCCUCCCACCUAAUCUGCCUGGCCAUCUCAUCCCAUCCUUAUGCUACCAGUCAUACACUUUGGAGAUUCCAGUGGAACCCCAUUUUCCCCCACUCCCUCGUUCUAUCUUCUCCCUCCAAAAAAGUAAAACAAUGCUGAGGAAAUGUUGCUUGACACUGAUUUGGAUGAUACUGGUUGGGUGUUAAAUGCCUUCGAGAUAAAAAUAAAAGCUCUUCCAAAGAGAGGAGCCACUAGAA